ACUUCCAACUGAAGAUUGAUAGCAAGUCUGUCAUAGUCGAAUUGGUUGAAUGUAAGUAGUUGAAUUCGAAAAUGGCAAAUCGCACGGUAAAAGAUGCUAAAUCUAUUCGCGGAACAAAUCCACAAUAUUUGAUUGAGAAGAUUAUCAGAUCUCGGAUAUACGACUCUAAAUACUGGAAAGAAGAAUGUUUUGCUUUAACAGCCGAACUGUUAGUCGACAAGGCAAUGGAGUUGAGAUUUCUAGGAGGAGUUUAUGGCGGCAAUGUGAAGCCUACUCCUUUUCUUUGCCUCAUAUUAAAAAUGCUCCAAAUACAACCUGAAAAGGACAUUAUAGUUGAAUUUAUAAAGAACGAAGAGUUUAAAUAUGUUCGGGCUUUGGGUGCACUGUACAUGAGAUUGACUGGUUCUUCCUUAGACUGUUAUAAAUAUCUCGAACCGUUAUUCAAUGACAACAGAAAGCUCAGAAUUCAGAAUAAACAGGGUGUAUUCGAGCUCGUACACAUGGACGAAUUCAUUGACAAUCUUCUUAGAGAUGAAAGGUGUUGUGAUGUUAUUUUACCAAGAAUUCAAAAGAGGCACGUUUUAGAAGAAAAUAAUGAGUUAGAAGCGAAGAUAUCAGCAUUGGAAGAUGAUAUGGAUGAUGGUAUUGAAUCAUCAGAGGAAGAAGAGAUUCCACCGAUAAAGGAAUUACCACGCAAGAGACCGGAUGAACAUGAACGGGAUAGAGAUCGUCAUAGAGAAAGAGAUAAAAGGCAUUCUCGAACAGAGAAGGAAAGAGACAGAGAUAGAGAUAGGAGAGAACGUAAACGUAGCAAAUCACCAAAAUCUCAUUCAACGUCGCACAAAGAUAAGGAUAGGGAUAGAGAUCGUCAUAGAAGAGAUGAUAGAGAGAGGGAGAGAGAACGAGAAAGAGAAAGGGACCGUGAUCGUAGAAGAGAACGCGACAGAACUAGACAUUAAGAUUAAGAUUGAAGUGCGACGAUAUGGAAAAUCUUUUGGUCAAAUUUUAUAUGAGAGAUGAAUGGGUAAUAUUUAACUUUUCUUAUAUGCUCUUAUCAAUGCUCGUAUAUUUUUAGUGUCAGUAUAUGACAAGAAUUCGGUAUUAAAACUACAACGUGUACCCGGAAUCAUCCGUUGUAACAUAUUCAAAUGUAUGUACAUUUUCACAUUAUUUGUGUUAUAUUACAAUUGCUUUCUUAAAUAACAAAAUAGCGAUAUCGAUUAUAUAUCAAUGCUUAAUAAUGGACGAAUAACUAUAUUCCUGCCUUUUUUGGAACGUA